AUGAGCGCAUCUGCAAGUGUGGCUCGUAGAGCCGUUGUUGUCAACCCUUUCGCUGGUGGUGGUCGGGCAAUAUCAAGGUCGACACUGCGAGCCAGCUCCCUCCAUCUCGGUCGCAAUGCUCGAAACAUACAGCUACAGAAUUCCGCCUUGGCACUGCUCAUCCCCAUUCGCUCAGUCACCACCGACACCAACCGAGGCAGUCAGCCAUCUGGCCCGCCGCCUGGUUUCAAUGCUGAGGAGGCUAAGAAGCCCCUGCCUAAGGAGACGGUUCCUGGCUCUAAGACGGCGGCGCAAACAAAGGAGGCCGAGUUGAAGGCGGAGGACAAGAAGGCGGCAGCUGGCACUGAAAAGAGCGACAGCUUGACAGAACUAGCCGAGCGGAAGGAUGCUUUUGCUGCUUCCAAGAAGGACCCGAAAAAAGACAAGAAGCUGACGAUCGGGCAAAAAAUAAAGAAGGAGGCCCAGCACUACUGGGAUGGCACAAAGCUCCUGGCGACUGAAGUCAGGAUCAGCACGAAGCUCGCGGUCAGGAUGGCUGCAGGCUAUGAGCUCACCCGAAGAGAACACCGUCAACUUCAGCGCACAGUUCAGGACUUGGGAAGACUCGUCCCGUUCUCAGCAUUCGUUAUCAUACCAUUUGCCGAGCUGCUACUCCCAGUCGCGCUGAAGCUCUUCCCCAACCUCCUCCCCAGCACAUACGAAAACCAGAAAUCCAAGGACCAGAAGGCUCAGACUCUGCGGGCGCUCCGGAGAGAUGUUAGCGACUUCCUCCGACAGUCCAUCAAAGAGACCGGGCUCCCCUUGUCCGCCGCGACUGCGCAGAAGGAGGAGUUUGCCAACUUCUUCCGCAAAGUCCGCGCCACUGGUGAGAAGCCCACUGCCGAGGACGUCAUUAAAGUCUGCAAGGCCUUCAAGGAUGACCUCACUCUGGACAACCUGUCGCGGCCCCAACUAGUGUCGAUGUGUCGAUACAUGAACCUGAACACGUUCGGCACGGACAUGAUGCUCCGUUACCAGAUCCGACACCGUAUGCGGCAGAUCAAGCGCGACGAUCGUGCCAUCAGCUAUGAGGGAGUGCAGAGCCUGACAGUCGCUGAGCUGCAGAUGGCAUGUGCCAGCCGUGGUAUCAAGUCGCAUGGCGUCUCACCCGCACGAUUGCGCGAGGACCUGCAGACCUGGCUCGAUCUGCGCCUCAAGGAAGGCGUCCCCUCCACGCUCCUCGUCCUGAGCAACGCCUACAUGUAUGGUCAGACCGGGGACAACGCCGUCGCCAACCAGAUCGACGCACUGAUUGGUGUGCUAUCGUCCAUUCCCGAGGAGCUGUACCACGAGAUUGAGCUCGAGGUACAUACUGCCGAGGGGGCGGCGACCAAUAAGCUGCGCCUGGAGGUUCUCAGGGAGCAGCAGGAGCUGAUCGAUGAUGAGAGCGAGCAGAACGAGUCGAAUCAGGAGAGCGGCUUGGCGACACCCAGGGACGUUGAUGACAUUGACGAGAAGGACGAGAGACAGGAGAGGCAGGCGGAGGCCAAGGACGCUGGACUGGAGAAAAAGCAGGUCGGCGAGGCCAUCGACGCUGAGAUGGAUGCCAGCCAGGCCGACAAGGCAUCUGCCAAGAGUACAGACGGCAAGAAAGUUGAAUAA